AUGGACACUGACAUUUCCCGGUGGGUGAUGGAGUUCCUCCUCCGCAGUUCCGUCCCCGAUUCCCUCAUUCAGAAAACCCUAACUGCGCUUCCCCUCUCCGGCGCCGAUUCCCGUCUCAAGAAGACCCUUCUCCUCCGCACCCUCCGUUCCCUCCUCCACAAGGCUUCCCUCCCGGAAACCGCGCUCCAAAUCCUCGAACUUCUCGAAGACCUCGAUGGUGCCGCUGCCUCCACCGCGCUCCGCCGCGCGUAUCUCGCCGUCGCCGUCGAGUGCACUGUCAAGUACCUCGCCGCAGCCCCCGACGACCCCGCCGGGGAGUUCUCCGGUGCCGUGAGGCGGAUCUGGCGCGGCCGCGUGGCGGCGCUGGAGGCGAACCGAAGCGGGCUAGUGAGUGGCGAGCUGGCGCGGUGGCGGGACGACGUCGAGGCGGCGCUUGGGGAUUCUAGGGUUCGCGAGAAGCUAGCGGAUUUGAAUAGCAGGAGGGAGGCGAUGAAGGAGGUGAGAGCGUUUCUGAAGGAAGCAUGGGAAUCGAUGGGUCCUUCGUUUUUGGAAUCGGUUGCGGCGAUGUCGAAGGGUUUAACGAGGGAGAAAGAGGGUUUUGUUGUGGGUGGUAACAGGAUUGAUAAUGAUCAUGAUGAUGACAAUGACGGUGAUAAUGAUGGCGUUGGUGAUGGUGCAUGCAUGGAGGAUGUGGCAAUGCAUGAUGAGAAUCAGGGCAAACAACUAUUGGAAGAGAAAAUUUAUGCGAAUCAGGAAGUGGGUGGGUGUGACUUGCCGCUUCAGAGAGACAAAGUAAUUCAGAAGCGCAAUCUUCGGGUUAAACACAAACACUCUGCACUUCGUGCAUGUCAAAGGGGAGUUAAAAUAUCUGGUUCGGAGGAAGUGGAGUCAGAAAAAUCAUGGGGCAAACAUGAUUCUGCUCCUACUACUGAAGUUAGAAAAGUUAGGGAAUCCCUUAAAUCAAGUUCUUCUGAAUUACGAGCAUUGGUCAAUGAUCCUCUUCCUGAUGCAUUGCAUAUAUCUGAAGUUGUAAGAUCCAAAUUGGCAACAAGUGAUACAAAUAUUGAGCCACUUAUUGAAAACCAGAGUGAAGAAGUAGAUGUACUAGAUCCAGAUGUUUGCCAGAGUAUUGUACUUUUUCAGACUAAUGAUGCCAAUAUUGGGAAGAAGUCUUCUGUUCAUUGUAGUAAUAUUCAUCAGCCCAACUUAAUGGAACGAAACAGAAGUGUCCGUACCUUUGAGUGGGAUGAUUCAAUAGACAACUCACCACAAGCAAGACAGCCUAGGAGGAGGAAAAGGAAAUGGAGUUCGUUGGAAGAGGAGACACUAAGGGCUGGUGUAAAAAUGUUUGGAGAGGGAAACUGGGCAACAAUUAGAAGUUUUUACAGUAAUAUAUUUGACAAUAGAAGUGGAGUUGAUCUGAAGGACAAGUGGAGAAACAUGAUACGAUGA